GUAAUAUUUACCCAAACCAAACGUCAAUAAUUUUCUACUUUGUUAGUUUUGGAAAAGAAAAACUAAUUUCUAAUUGCUAAAAAAAUAUAUUUAAUUAUAAAUAUAACAACAAAUAAUCUAAAAAAUGCCUUUAUCCUUUGAAAAUAUGUGUCGUACAUGCAUGCUGAAUGAAAGUAAACAACAAGAAAUGGCAAACAGAAAUAAAGUAAAAAUGAAAACGCCACAAAUGGUGUCCAUUUUUACUGUCCCGGAGGAAGCCAAAGAAAAACUUAAUUUAAUGGAACUGAUUAAAACUGCAGUACCACAAUUGAAAAUCGAUGAAAAUGAUCAGUUGCCGAAGAAUGUUUGUGUUGAAUGCUCGGAAAAAAUCAAAGAAAUGUACAAUUUUCAGCAGAACUGUCUAAGUAAUGAACAGAAAUUCUAUAAAAUGUUAGAAGGAGACGAUGAUGCCAUUAAUCCUUUCAAUGAUACAGAAGACCAUGAAGAUGUCUUUAAGACUGAAUUUGAUGAUUCGUUCAUUGAGGAGAAUUCUUUGCAGACUGAUGAGGAAAUGAUUAUGGACGAGGAAAUAAAUAGAGCAGCCGAAGCAAAAGAAGAGUUCAUCGAAAGCUACAGUGAUUGUAGUAUCGACUUAGUUUGGGAUGAUGAUAAUAAUAGUGAUGCAGAUUGGAAUGAAAAGAAGGUGUCAAGUAAAUUGAAAAAAAGUAAAAAACACAAAAAUGAACUGGUUGGUGAUGAAAUAUUCAACGUUUUUUGUGCGGAUGAGAAAAACGAAGAUGAUGAUGAAGAAUUUAAAAGCAGUACAACAAAAAGAUCAACAAUAACAAAAGAAAUUAAAACUAAAGGAAAUUAUCCGUGCAAACGAUGCAAGAAAAUAUUAAAAUCAAAAGAUUCAUUAUUAAGACACGAAGGAAGACAUGAAAAAAGAGACAAAGAAGGACGCAAAUAUGUAUGUAACAUUUGCAAUAAAGCAUUUCAUUAUGGUUCUGUAUUGAGGGAACAUCAAAGAAAACAUGUUGGCGAACGUCCUUAUCUGUGUUCGGAAUGUGGCAAAGGCUUUACAUCGGCGGGAAGUUUAAAGCAACAUUCACUACGUCAUUUAGAGGAAAAACAAUUUCCUUGUCCCGACUGCCCCAGGUCAUUUCCUACCAAAACUGAUAUGCUCUCACAUUAUGAUAUUCACAAGGCUAAACCCAGAAAUCACAUUUGUGAUGUUUGUGGUCGUGGAUUUUACAAGCCUUACUUGUUAAAACAGCACAAAAUGUAUCAUAAUAAUGAGAGACCAUUUGCCUGUGAAUAUUGCGAUAAAAGUUUUGUUACACACGAAAAAGUCAAACGUCAUACCCGCAUUCAUACUGGUGAAAAGCCCUACAAGUGUAACUAUUGUGUGCGAACAUACUGCCAAUCAAGUGAAUUAAUGAAGCAUUUACGUUCACAUUUGGGUGAAAAUGUUUAUCAAUGCGAAUUGUGUCCGGUUAGAUUAAAAACCGUUAAACUUUUACGCAGCCACUUUGCAACACACAAAAACGAUGACGAAGAAACAAAAGCUCGCAAUUUAGCCGAACUUAAUGCAUUGGAGAUGAAAGGCAUGUUUUUCAAAAUCGAUGAUGAUCACUUAAAAGACGAUGAAAAUAUAACGAUGGACAAUGCUAAACGACAUAGAGCAGCUGCAAGAAAAAAGAAAAGCAUAAAAGAAAAUCCACUUGAUGGCCAACAAAAGUUUUAUCCUUGCAAUAAAUGCAAAAGAAAACUGAAAACAGAAUUGUCAUUUAAAAAACACCAACAAAUGCACGAUAGCAAAGAACAAACAUAUAAAUGUUCUGUAUGCAAACAAGAAUUUGAAGACAAAUCCUCGUUAAAAGAUCAUAUGCGUGCACAUAGUGGUGAGAAGGUAUUUUUAUGUCCAGAAUGUGGCAAAGGUUAUACCACAGCGGGAGGUUUAAAAGAACAUUCAUACCGCCAUUUAAGCGAAAAAAACUUUCAAUGUCCUGACUGUCCACGCUCGUUUACCACAAAAUCCGAUUUGGUCUCCCAUCAUAUUAUACACAAAGCUAAACCAAAAAAUCACAUUUGCGACAUUUGUGGACGUGGUUUUCACAAGCCUUUCCUACUGAAAAAACACAAAAUGUAUCAUAACAAUGAUCGACCAUUUGCUUGUGAAUUUUGUGAAAAACGUUUUGUUACGAAUGAAAAAUUAAAACGUCAUACACGCAUUCAUACCGGCGAGAAACCCUAUAAAUGCAAUUAUUGUAAAAAUGCCUAUUGUCAGUCGAGUGAAUUGAUAAAACAUUUGCGUUCUCAUUUAGGUGAAAAUGUCUAUCAAUGUGAAAUGUGUCCGCUGCGUUUUAAAACAGUGAAAAUUUUACGCGCACAUUUUUCAACGCACAAAAACGAUAAUGAAGAAACUAAGAGACAUAACUUGGCAGAAUUAAAUGCCUUGGAAAUGAAAGGAGUAUUUUUUAAAUUAACUGAUAAAUCUGCAAUUCUCACAAGAGAAGAAGUAGAUGACGAGGUUUUUGAAACACUUGAAUUUGACGACGAUGAAGAUGUUAAAGAUGAUGGCGAUGAUGAUGAUGACGAGGACUACGAGGAGGAGUUUAGCGCAAAAAUCUCAACUACAAAUAAACAACACAUAACUGUUGAACAACUAUAUCCCUGUGACAGAUGCAAACGGAAAUUAAAAUCGAAAUUAUCGCUUAAGAAACAUCUAGAAAUGCACGCUAAACGCGAUAAUGAAGAACCAAAAUUUGUGUGCAAUAUUUGUGAUAGAGGAUUUACACAAGGUUACAUGCUAAAAGAUCAUCUGCGUACUCAUAGUGGUGAAAGACCAUUUUUAUGUUCAGAAUGUGGUAAAUCUUUUACCUCGUCCGGUAGUCUUAAACAGCAUUCAUUUCGACAUCUCAAUGAAAAACUCUUUCCCUGUCCAGACUGUCCGAAGUCCUUUCCAACUAAAACUGAUUUGGCCUCACAUUAUGAUGUCCAUAAAGCCAGACCAAGAACUCACAUUUGCGAUAUAUGUGGUCGAGGAUUUCCAAAACCCUUUUUAUUGAAAAAACACAAAAUGUAUCAUACAAAUGAUCGGCCAUUUUCUUGUGAAUAUUGCGAUAAACGUUUUAUUACAAAUGAAAAACUACAGCGUCACGUAAGAAUUCACACUGGCGAAAAACCAUACAAAUGCAAUUAUUGUGAAAAGGCCUACUGUCAAUCGAAUGAAUUAACCAAACAUUUACGCAUACAUUUAGGCGAUAAUGUAUAUCAAUGCGAAUUAUGUCCUCUAAGAUUUCCCACAGUUAAAGUCAUUAUGAAUAGUACAACUAUUACACUCUUGGAAAACUUUUGUAGAACCUGCAUGAAUGGAGAAGUUGAAGAUGAAAAGGAAACUAAAGACAAUAAACGCAAAACAAUUUCAAUUUUCAAUGAACCACAAAGUAAGGAAUGUAAAAAUAUAACAAUUAUGGAAUUACUUAUGCUUACAACACCACAACUAACUAUUGAGACGGAUGAUAUGUUGCCCAAAACUGUAUGCGAAAAUUGCUUGGAAAGGCUUGUAAGUGCUCAUGAGUUUCAGCAAAUGUGUAUAAAAGUGGAGGAAAAGUUUCGUCAAAUGAUUAAAGAUGAUAAACCAGCAGUUAAUUCACAAAUUAUCACGGAUCCCUUAAUUGAUAAUAUUUUAAAGAUUGAAAUAGAUGAAGCAUUAGACCAAGAGACGCCUCUUGAGCCAAAAAGCUUAAAAGAGGAUGCGGAAGAUAUAAAAUUUGAAACGGAAGAAAAUCAUUGGGAAGACUAUAGUGAUAGUGAUGAAUUUUGUGAUGUCGACAGUGAUAAGGAUAGUGAAUGGGAGUCUUCGAAUAAUGUAACAAAAAGUAAAAAAGCUACAAGGGCUGCUGGCAAAAUGGUAAAAAAAGAAAAAGAUUUGACUUCUAGUGAUGUCAAAAUUUCAAAUGAUAUUGAGGAUAAAAAAGAUAACAUCACAUCGGAGACAAUUAAAGAAUCUAAGAAAAAUUCCAAGGAAACAAGUAAUACUAAGGAUAACGAAAGUAAAAGUUUUGUAUGCGAUGAGUGUGGCAACCGUUUAUCAACGCGAAAAAGUUUAAAACGACACAAACGUAUACACCUUAGGCCGGCAGAUUCAGGUGGUGAGACUAAAACUAGAACUAAAUAUGAAUGCGAAGUUUGUAAAAAGGUCUUUCAGCAAUCCAGUUCUUUAAAGGAUCACAUGAGAAUACAUACUGGUGAACAGCCUUAUCUUUGUUCAGAGUGUGGAAAAGCUUUUAAAAGUUUAAGCAAUAUGAAGCAACAUUUCCUACGUCACGGUACUGACCGACCUUAUGUCUGUCAACAUUGUCCGAAAAGAUUUCCUUGCUUAAGUGAUUUAGCAUCGCAUAAAGUAGUGCAUAAUAAAAUAAAAUCACAUAUUUGUGAUAUAUGUGGUGCGGGUUUCACGAAACCAUAUCUUUUGAAAAAACACAAAAUGUAUCAUACAGGCGAAAGAAAUCAUAAAUGUGAUUACUGUGAUAUGAGAUUUGUUUUAGCGGAUCAAUGUCGUAGACAUAUGCGCACCCACACAGGAGAAAAACCAUACAAAUGCAAAUAUUGUGAAAGAGCAUUUGCACAAAGUAAUGAUUUAAUCAAACAUAUGCGUGGACAUAUAGGAGAUAAUGUCUAUAAAUGUGAUUUAUGUCCGCAAGGUUUUCGUUUACAAUGUGAUUUACGUGCCCAUUUCUAUACUCAUAAAGAUGACGAUGAAGAAACACGAGCACGAAAUUUGGAAGCCCUUAAAGAGGAAGAACGAAGAUUACAAGUUAAAUUCGGACUUGUAGGUAGUACAUAGAAUAAAUCAAAGUAUUAAAUAAAAUUUAAGAAAAAAUCCUAAA